GUGACCCCAGCCGCUGUGCAGGAUCAGGGCCAGCCCCCACCUGUUCAACCCCGGCUCCAGCCUCCUUCAGCCCCAGUGGAUGCCCCCCCUCCCCAGCCCGGGGGAGCCUCAGACUCACUGAGCCCACCUGACGGGCCUGCUGGGCUCUGCAAUCCCUCCCUGCACCAUCCCAGCCCCCCGCGCCCACAGGCUGAGGUGCUGGAGCCAUCCCCCAACACGGGAACCUCCCAGCGGGUGAAUUUCCUGCGCUGGCGUGCGAGGAAGUGCGCGGCAGCAGCCCCAAGGUCAGCAGGAUUGUGCUUCCCGAGCAGAGGCACUGACGGCUCCUCCGUCUGGACAUCCAGCUCCGUGAGCCCCGGGCCCCCGGGCUUCAGCCUGCUGCCUGUAUAAGGAUGAUGAUCCCCUCCUGUGUCAUGGAUGGAGCCCAGGCUCCGUUUGGGACAUCAAGGAUGAGGUGGAUGGUGCAAGUCACCCUGGUCCUGCUGGCCUGUCCAGUCUCCUGCGUUGCUGAUAGCGCCACGGAGGAAGACCCCUGGCCCCUGCAGCACAGCGUGCUGGGCUCCGAUGUGCUGCUGCGCUGUGCAGUGCCUGUUGGGGCCGCGGGCGUGGAGUGGCGAGUGAACGGCACAAGCGUGGCCACAGCCCUAGAUGUGCUGGUGCUGCCCAAUGCCAGCCUGGCACAGGAGGGCGACUACAGCUGCCACCACCCUGCCAGCGGUGAGGCCCUGCAGAGGAUCCGGCUGCGCCUGGGCUUGCCCCCUGGGAAGCUUGCCAUCGAGUGCUGGGCCAUCAGCUAUCCCCAGACAGUCAACUGCACCUGGAGCCUGGCAGCUGACGUGCACCUGGACAUGGAGUUCAUUGCCACAUACAGGCAUGGCGUGUGGGCCAAGGGGGGAGAGACUGAGUGCGUCCAGCCUGCAGCCGGGGCCAACAGCUGCACUAUCAGCGACAUCCAGCUCUUCUCCAUCACCCCCUACGUGCUGAACAUCACGGCCGUGAACCCCCUGGGCACUGCCACCAGCCUCUUCCCCUUCAUCGUGGAGCAUAUCAUUCGGCCGGACCCCCCUGAGGACCUGCAAGUCUCUGCCAUCCCCAGUGAGAGCAAGAAGCUGCUGCUGGAGUGGAAGCCACCAGGGUCGUGGCCGCUCCCUGAAUACUUCCCCCUCAAGUACCUGAUCCGCUAUACCAGGCAGGGGGCUGGCAGCCCCCGCACGAUCGGGCCAUAUGAGCAGACAUCCUUCAUCCUGACCGGCCUGCGCCCGGGGGCAAUCUACCACGUGCAAGUGGCAGCCAAGGACCUCACAGACUACGGGGAGUACAGUGCCUGGAGCCCACAAGCCUCGGGGACCCCCUGGAAACGGCGCUGAGGAGGGGGCAGUGCUGGGGCCACCAGGAAGCCUCUGGGGUUCAUUUAACUUGCUUUUGCCUUUGCAUUCAGGCCCCUGGGUCCAGCCACUCACCCAAGAGCAAGUCCAGGUGCAAGGACAGGCUGGGAUGAGGUCUCUGGUGCUGUAAAACUCCCCUCUUCUGUUCCCAUCACUCUUUCUCCACCCCAAAACUAGGGCCCAACUGACUUACAUGCCAUGUUCUUGCCCCCCCAUAGUGGCCACGAGACUUUUGCCCGCACUGUCUGGUUCAGUGGAAGGUUCCUGCUAUUUGGGCAGGUGCCAUGGACAGCCUCCUCCAGACUGGGCUGAAAUGCAGGCACGUUGGCCAUGGGAGACACCACUCCCUCCCUGCCAUAGCGCACAGCCCUUCACUGAUGCUGCAUCUCCUCUGGAGCUUAGGUCCCCCGACCCUCUUCCCAGCCCCUGUGCCUGCUCCUCCUCUGUCCCUAGAACAGAUGCCCAUGUCCCCGGCCUCAGUGCCAGCCCCACCACCCCACCCCUGAUUCAGAACCUACCAAGAAAAUACCCAAACAGGGCACUGAGCUCCUGACUCUAAUAGCCCAUGGACUAGUGCCUGUGACCCAUGCAAGUAUUAUUUGUGUUUGCACUGGAUUAAUGAUGACCAUCAGCUGAUCUGGGUGACCUAUUUACAUGUUGCUCACUGCCUUACCAGGACAGCAAUAUAGAGCUAGCUCACAACCUGAUUUUCUAUAGGUAAAGCAUUUUGUAAUCAAGGCACAAUAUGAUUAGAAUAACUGUAAUAUUCAAAUAAUCCUGCUCUGAAACAUGCACUUUUUAGCCAGGAAAACUACAAAGCACCAGGUCUAGAAUUAUUCCAAUAUUCUAGCUCUUUAAUACAGAGUAUGUACUGCAGAGAAACAAAUAAGGAAAAUUAUCUGAGAAAUAUAUUGCAUUUAUAUGGCA